AUGUCUAAUGACAGUGUACCCAUCACGCUCCAGGUUUUCUUCAACGGGUCUCCUUAUACAGUGACUGUCAAUGCACAAGACAACGUAUCGGCUGUAUGUGCAGCGAUAUCUCCACUUGUAGGUAUCAAUCCAAAUGCCCUCUGUAUUUUAUCGGAGACAUGGGUGGGGGCUCUUCAGCAUGACAUACCACUCACAUAUUUCCAUGUGCAGAACGGUACUAAGAUAUACUGCUUUGGGUCCAACGAGGUUGCUGCAGUAACGCGUGCUGAGGUGAACGGGACGAUAGACGAUUUAGAUGGCGACGGUGCGCUCAAGGAAGAGAUCUUGGCCUCUGGAAUUGAAAAUGUAGGCAACACAUGCUUCUUUGGAGCAGCUCUACAGUGUCUGUUCAGGUGCACGGUUCUUCGCACGGUUCUCCUUUAUAUGCUUCCAGCUAGAGCGCUCGAGCACUGCGAUUUGUUUGUCCGUGCACUGUCUUCCGCUUUUCAGACACUAGAUAAGAAGCAAACUGCUGUCAAUCCUAAGGAGCUUUUAACUCUCUUUGGCACACUACACCCGUCUCUGAUUAAGCCACAGCUAAAUGGAUAUGCUAUGCAAGACGCCCAGGAGACUCUAAGCCAGGUUCUCAACGACCUUUCCCUAGCACUCCCAGUGAGCUCUCUUGGAGUUAUGAACACUGCAGGAUAUUUAGCCAAAGACUACCUGGAGCUUCGUAACGCAAUGCUGAGCUCUCUAGAGGAUGGGGGCUCUGAAAAUAGCGUUGUGGACUGCCUGUUCAACAUGAAAGUAGAAUACCACACGGAUGAAAUUGGACAGAAGCCUGUGUCGACUGAUUCAAAGUACUUUCUAGGUAUAAACCUCACUGACAAGUGCUACUCUUUGUUGGAUCAGCUUGACAAGGAGAUGGGGGAGGAGGAGAUCAUCAUUAACGGAGAGCAACACAAGCGUAUUUCAAGGUUCAACUUUCUGCCGCCAUACCUCUUCGUCGUUAUCAACCGUUUUCUUUGGGAAGAGCAGGCUCAGCGAAGACUCAAAAUUAAUCGGCGCUUCACCUUCCCCUUUGCCGUAGAUCUUUAUAGGUAUUGUAGUGCAGGUCUUCAGACAAGCUUAGAUAGCCUUGCUGCCGAAAGAGAAGAUGCACCUGCCUCCACCGUCGGAUCAGCAAACUAUGUCCUGGUCUCUGUCAUAGCACACCACGGACUUGGUGCAGAAAGUGGCCAUUAUAUUACGUUCUCGCGCAUAAAGGAUAACUUAUGGGUUAAGCUGAACGACGCUAGUGUUACCGAAGUCACUACUGAAGAUAUUGAAGCUCUUGCGGGAGGCUCACCAACGUUUGUAGCAUACGUACUUUUGUAUGAGUACACGGCUAUUGGGCUCUAA